ACAAACUCCAGGUGAUGUUUAGUACAUCUUGCACAACCAUUGGAACAUGUUAUUCACCCUCACUGCCGUUAUUUGCUGUGCUUUGCUGCCGCCUUCGGUUUCAGCCUACAUAAAUGACGACUGCAUCGCCCGGAGGCAGCGCACGAUCACGUCGCCUUGGGGUAACUCCCAGGUCACGGUUUGGAAUCCUCCUGACGGUGAGACCUCAGAGCCUCUGCUGACUCUCAUGGCUGACUUCUACGGGACAGACCUGCCUGACGACUAUACGCGAGUGCUGGUGUUCAGGGAGAAGAUCGAGGUCGACGUCACGAGUAGUGAGUCGAGAGAGCUGAAACUUGUGAACAUCGACCGUAUUCUGCCCGAAGGAUGGCUGGAAUUCCAAGUCGCUUUGUCCGAGAGACUCCAGAUCUUCGCCCCUGGCUCCGGCCACCCCCUCCUGGACAUCGAAAACCAACUGACAGUCGAGCAGCUGUUCAUCGAAGGCAGCAACAUUACAGUCAACUGCAAAGACCCCGUCGCCUGGGAGGUGAAAGGAGAACCAGAGCCCGUGCCCUUAGCGGACAUGGGCUGGUACAACCUCACAAUCUUCUCCAGGAGUCCAGUGUUCCCCGUGCUCUCCCUCGGCUACAAGGACUUCGACCUCGGGUGGGAUGGGAACGCCGUGUCGAGUAGGACUUCGCAUGGACUCCCGCUCCCAGCCUUCACCAAGCACCACAUUGCUGUCAAGUGCGAGGCAUCAGAGCAAGUGGUGGAGUGCUCGCUGAUGAAGGAAGGAAGCACAUUCGAGGCUCUGGGCACCGUGUACCUGAAGGAUAUGAUCCACUUCUUCACCGUCGGAGGAAGCAAAUCCAAAGAAUCCUUUUUGAUUUUUGUGGAUUCUCAACGGGAGCAGAGACAGAAUAUGAAAAGCGCCCGGAGAGUAAUUUUGAGUACUGGGGUCUCAUCACGGUCACAGCCGUCUUGUUGAUGGUCAUUGCAGCGUAUUCCAUUAAGAAGGGCAAGAAGUACUGCUCCGGGAAGAACAAGAGACGGCGCUCCCGGCAAUUCACUGGCGGGAAUUUCGUGUUGGUCGACGACUUCGAGAACUUUGGGAAAACGGUUUACUUCGUGGAGAGAGGGAAGCCGCCCACGAAGCCGUCCAAGGAAGGAAAUGAAACCGAAAUGCUGCCAAUUACGGUCCUUUCUAAAUAUAAAGGCGAUAGUAAAUAGUCUGGGGGGGAAAAGAAUGCUUUUCAUUAUCCACAAACCUUGUGUUCUUGAUAAGAAAAUGGUAUCCGAAAUUAAAUUAUUUAAGAACUUGCAUCACUGAAAAUGUUAUUAAAAACUAAUUUUAAACACUAGUGAUAGGCGGAGAAUGUUUUCUUGUGCCUGAAAAAUAGUAAAAAUAUUGGUUUAUUCCAUUUCUUAGUGGUUAUUCUUAUAUUAUCGAGAUCAAGAUUAUGUUCGGUGUAACAAACUGUCUCUACAUUUUUGCUUCUAAAUUACCCAAGAAAUAGCCAGGGCUACCAUCCACUGGCAAUGUGAAAUUUAAUCAAAGGUCAACAAAGUAGAUGCGAACACUACAAUUAUAUAAUACGCUGCAUACAAUGGUUAGUGGUUAAUGGUUAAAAGCAAAAUAAAUGUACCAGACAUCUAAGGUCAUAUAGCUCUAUCGGAAAGUAUAGUAAAAGUGGUGACGGGUGAUAGUUGCUAUGCCUCAACUAUCUAAAUCUUGAAAGGUUAAAGAUGGGUAAAUGAGUUUAGUGAAUGGGUUAUUGUGGUUUACGUAAAGGAAUUUGAUCAAGUGAAGGAUAUGUAAGUGUCUGAGAAAGCAGAACAGGUUGUCAAAGCAGAAAGUAGAUAAUGGAUGGAUUAUAAGAAGAAAGGAUAACCCUGCAUACAAAAGAAAUACUAAAAUCACACUUGCUGAAGAAAUUAGUGAUCUCGAUUGCCAAAAGUGUCCAGUCUACUUCAUCAGCAACAGCAGGUGAAAGUAGUUUCUUCAGAACAUUCAAACAUCAAUUCACACAUUUCAUUUCAGGUAUAUCAACCAAUGAAAGCUGAGGGAGGCAGUGUAGAAUUCUUUAUUGAUUGGCUACUUGUUACAAAAAAGUCACACUUUAUCCUGUCUCUGUCAAGCUUGUUUCUUUUUUUCUCCAAACUUGAUAUGCUAAAAAAAAGAAAAAAAAGAAAAAUAGUGUUGCUUUAAUAGUCAGACUGCAGCUGGUUAACUUCAAACUUCCCUAUACUACUGAAUCACCAACAAAACACAAACAACCCAACCCUAUGACUGACCAUUCCGUUCUGUGUUUCUAUUUUUCGUGAUAUAUGCUUACACCUCACUGCUCUUUUUUUUUCUUUGAUAUAUACAUCCGUGGACUAAAAUAUAGACGUCGAUGUAGUAAUCUCUGUGUAAUCUCAAACCACAUUAUUCUGUAAGAAAUCAUAAAAAUCCUUCAUUUAAAAAUACCAGUAAUACCUUGGAUGGAUCAGUAAUCUGACUAAUAAUCACUGUUACCAAAAAAAAAAAAAAAAAAAAAAAAAAUACUGCU